AUGGGACGCGGUGCGGCAGCGAGCUCCCUCCAGACCGCUAGGGGGCGAGAGUCCGGAGCCUCGCUUCCCGCGGGGACCGGCCGCUCUCGGCGACGCGGCCUCGGAGAGAACACUUCCGGCUGGGCUUGCCGGGAGGCGCGCGCUGUCUCGCCGGUGCUUGUGCGGAGGCUGUGGGCUCAGGCCGCCAUGGAGCCCUCGGGGCCCGGCGAAGUGACAGGCGGAGACACGGCGGGAGCCGACCCUCAGCUGGCGGUCACCAUGGGCUUCACGGGGUUCGGGAAGAAAGCUCGCACCUUUGACUUGGAGGCCAUGUUUGAGCAAACUCGAAGGACAGCCGUAGAAAGGAGCCGGAAAACACUCGAAGCAAGAGAAAAAGAGGAAGAAAUGAACAGAGAGAAAGAGUUAAGAAAACAGCUUGAAGAUAGUGAAGGCACAGCGACGCCGUCAAGCUCGAGUACAGUCAGAGAUCUCCCGAAGCCGCCGCCGUCCAGGUGCCUGAGGGACACGAGCAGCAGUGACAGUGAGGACAGCUCUGAUUCGUCUGAUGAGGAGUUAAUUGGCCCUCCUUUACCCCCUAAAAUGGUAGGAGGACCAGUUAAUACUGUGGAUGAAGAUAUCCUUGGCCCUUUACCUGCGCCUCUGUGUGAGGAGGAAGAUGAUGACGAUGACUUAGAGGAUGAAGAAGAAGAAAACCCUGUCCAAAGGAUUCCUGACUCGCAUGAGAUAACGCUGAAGCAUGGCACUAAAACGGUUUCUGCUCUGGGUUUGGAUCCCUCAGGUGCCCGUUUGGUCACUGGAGGCUAUGACUACGAUGUUAAAUUUUGGGAUUUUGCUGGAAUGGAUGCUUCUUUCAAGGCAUUUCGAUCUCUUCAGCCUUGUGAAUGCCAUCAGAUUAAGUCGUUACAGUACAGUAACACGGGAGACAUGAUCCUAGUUGUUUCUGGAAGCUCACAGGCCAAGGUGAUGGACAGAGAUGGCUUUGAAGUAAUGGAGUGUAUAAAGGGCGACCAGUACAUCGUGGACAUGGCCAACACCAAGGGUCAUACAGCAAUGCUUCAUACUGGCUCAUGGCAUCCCAAAAUAAAAGGGGAAUUUAUGACUUGCUCAAAUGAUGCGACUGUGAGGCUCUGGGAAGUUGAAAAUCCAAAGAAGCAAAAAAGUGUUUUUAAACCACGGACAAUGCAGGGUAAGAAGGUCAUUCCCAGCACAUGCACGUACAGUAGAGAUGGGAACCUUGUGGCCGCUGCCUGCCAGAACGGAAGCAUACAGAUCUGGGAUCGAAACUUGACAGUUCACCCUAAGUUCCACUAUAAGCAGGCUCAUGCCCCUGGCACAGACACUUCUUGUGUGGCUUUUUCCUAUGAUGGUAACGUCCUUGCCUCUCGUGGAGGUGAUGAUACAUUAAAAUUAUGGGACAUCCGGCAAUUUAAUAAGCCAUUAUUUUCAGCCUCAGACCUUCCCACCUUGUUCCCAAUGACCGACUGCUGUUUCAGUCCUGAUGAUAAACUCAUCGUCACCGGCACCUCUGUUCAAAGGGGAUGUGGCAAUGGCAAACUGGUCUUCUUUGAGCGAAGGACUUUCCAAAGGGUGUAUGAGAUCGACAUCACGGAUGCGAGUGUCGUCCGUUGCCUGUGGCAUCCAAAGUUGAACCAGAUCAUGGUUGGAACUGGAAAUGGAUUGGCAAAAGUGUAUUACGACCCCAGCAAGAGCCAGAGGGGAGCAAAAUUAUGUGUGGUUAAAACCCAGAGGAAGGCAAAGCAAGCCGAGACACUAACCCAGGACUACAUCAUCACCCCUCAUGCCUUGCCCAUGUUCCGUGAGCCCCGCCAACGAAGUACGAGGAAACAGCUGGAGAAGGACAGACUGGACCCCCUGAAGUCACACAAACCAGAGCCUCCUGUGGCAGGCCCAGGUCGUGGUGGCCGAGUUGGAACCCACGGGGGUACCCUGUCAUCCUACAUUGUGAAAAACAUUGCUUUGGACAAGACUGAUGACAGUAACCCCCGGGAAGCCAUUUUGCGCCAUGCUAAAGCAGCGGAAGACAACCCAUAUUGGGUCUCGCCGGCAUAUUCCAAAACUCAACCCAAAACCAUGUUUGCCCAAGUGGAAUCUGAUGAUGAAGAAUCAAAGAAUGAACCAGAAUGGAAAAAACGUAAAAUUUGAGGAUCUCUUUAAGAGCCAUUUGCAUGGAGCAAGAGAUAGAGUGCAGUGUUCUCUCUCUCUCUCUCUCUUUCUCUCCCUCUC